AAUUCGCUGCACAAUGUAAACCUAACCUCUGGCGAUCACAAUUCGAUCACAGUCGAUGCAAACAGUGAAUUUAAUUCUUUCAGAGGCCCUCAUGACUCCAUUCAGGGAUCCCGGUGUAAAAAACACACUGGUGACAGUGUUUUUAGGGAAAUAAAAUAACUGAAGUCAUUAGUUAGAGUGGCAACUUAAGAUGGCUGUCCUUCGGCUUCAGUCGCAAACGGCUAGCUAUAGUCACAGUCCUAUUUCAGUCAGUAAGUCACCCCCGCGUACAACCCCACGUGAGACACGCAACGCCGUGAUUUUUUUCACAUUCGGUCUGAACGUAGCAUCAUGACGUGAGGCGAUGAGUUCCCAGAAUGCACUGCAUGGGGUGAUCCAUGUAAUUAAUGAAGCAAUAAGGAUGCUUAUGUUUUGUGUGUUUGUGUUAACGGAAGUUGAAUGUGUGUCAUAUUUAACGGUGACAUUUGUUUGAUUGCAUAUGUUUUAUUUUUUCUAAACAAACUGUGACUUGAGUUGUUUGUAAAAUAGUGACGUGGAGGUUCUGGUGUCGCCUAGAGUAUUUACUUGUUUGUCAGAUACAGCCUCUCAUGACUUGUGACCACGGGCUCAUCAUUAACAGCUCCCCUGAGGCUGACCUUGCUAUGACACAAUCCUUACAUUGCUUUUUCCGUUCAAAUUAAGCUUUGUAAUGAAGGCAGAAAAUAAUAAGUCAAUCCCAGUUUGUUGACUUUCGACCCACAGAUGAGAUUCUUCUCAAUUGUCCAGCUUGCUGAGACGAAUAUAGGACUGGGCAAUUUGGCCUUAAAAUAAAAACUAAAAAAUCAGAUUUUGGAAAUUAAUGAGUGUUUAAUUUGAUAUCCUUUUAUUAAAUUGGAUUUGAUCGCUGACUUCAAGCUCCGCAGCAAUGAACUUAACUCACAGCUCAUCUUGACGGAUGGGCGCCCAAUCGAGGCAGGUUGACAUGAAUUGUCCGUCAACACGUUUGGCCCGGUUGACGUUUGUUUUCCGAUGGGUAAAAUUCCACCUAUAACUGCACGUUCACAUCGGCUAUCAACCCAACUUCAACACGCCGCUGAGAUUUCUUUAUGACAUCAGUCAUUCUGUAACAGUUAUUCACUUUUCCAUUAAAAUUGCAAGUUAACAAAGCUACACACAGAGCACAUUAACUAGAUCCUAGAUUGUGUCUUUGACUUUGUGGCCCAAAUUGAUCAUAGAGGUGCGAGAGGACAGUUGCAAGAAGAGAACAAGUUGAGAGAUAACAAGGGUCAAAGCAUAUCAUGGACUUGCAGUAUCAUCUCUGUUGAACAUCAUGUCUGACAAAUGUUUGACCCUGCUGCAUGUGACGGACAACAACGCGAAGGCGAAAAGGACUUUGGGGAAUUUGUUGACAUGACAGCAGCUCUUAAUGAGAUCCGUGGAGGCUCAACAGCCAUCAUAAAAGACUUGACACUCCCGUGAUUCUUGACCGCCGGUGUGUAUGGUGCAAAUGAAUGGAACGCGAUGAACGUAACAAACGGCCUAAUAAGUCUUGGCGGCUAUGUCGAUGUAGAUAAGUACCGAUAUGUUUACUUUGUGAUCUUGUUGAUGCUCUACGUUCUCAUCCUCUGCUCUAAUGGCACCAUCAUUUGUCUCAUCUGGAUUCACAGGAGCCUUCAUGAGGCCAUGUAUAUUUUCAUCGCAGCUUUGUCUCUCAACUCGCUUUUGUUCAGCACGGCUAUCUACCCCAAACUCAUUGUGGACGUCUUGUCUCACCGGCAGACCAUUUCUCACACAGGGUGUAUGUUUCAGUUGUUCUUUUUCUACUCUUUAGCUGGUUCAGACUUGUUUUUGUUGUCAGCCAUGGCUUACGACAGGUAUAUGUCCAUCUGCAAGCCUCUGCACUAUGCAACCGCCAUGCGCACAACUAAUGUCACCAUCUUCUUGGCUUUGGCCUGGUUUCUGCCUGGCUGCCAGAUUGCGGUGGCAACUUUCAUUAAUGCAAAGCAAAAACUGUGCAGGUUUGUUUUAGGGGGCAUUUUCUGUAACACUUCUGUGAAUAGGCUUCACUGUGUGAGAUCACAAAUGCUGGUCGCUUACACUGUGUUCAUUUUUAUCAAUAAUGGAUUUCUCCCUGUUCUGUUCAUCUUCUAUACGUAUUUCAAAAUAUUUGUUGUUGUGUAUCGCAGUUGUGGGGGAGCCUGGAAAACAACAGCCCACACUUGUUUCCCUCAUCUGAUGGUUUUAUUCAGUUUCUCUUGCUUGGCUUCAUUCGACAUCAUUGUGGACAAAAUGGAGUCAAAGCUUUCAAAGCUGGUUCGCCUGAUUAUGAUGUUGCAAAUAGUGGUGUACAAUCCUCUCCUCAACCCAAUCAUAUACGGAGUGAAGAUGAAAGAAAUCUGGAAACACAUUAAAAAGUUGUUCCAUCACCUUGUCAAAUAAUUUCGAAUUUAGAAAUUACUCUGUCAAAUAAAUCCAGUUUGGCAUUUAGCUCGUCAAAAGUUUCAUCAAAUAUAAAGCUUUUUUUUAGAUAAUUAACACUUGUCAGCUGUCAUUUGGAGUUUGUAUUUCAAUGUGUUCAAAGCAUAACUGAUUGUAAUGUGUGUUACCUAUGAUAACAAAAAAAAAACCACACAGAUUCCUUUCAGGAAGCAUUGUUACUUUUUUUGUACUGCACUAUGUUUUCAACAGUUAUUACUUUUAGCCAGGGGUUUAAAAUCAACUUGAGAUGUUAAUUAAUGGCCUUACAGAUACAUGUAUAGCGAAUAAGUGUGUCUUUCAGGAAUUAAUGUUAGCAUGUAACUCGCGGAAUUAGGAUUACCGUACAUUGAGGCUAGUUUGCCUUGCUUCUUCCUCAAAAAUGACAACACAUGCCAAACAAAGACCAAAAUAUCCAUCAUCCUAAAACUCGGCUUCUCAUAUAUUACAUUUAUGUAAUUCGUAACAACUCUGCAGGAACACAGGUGCAUGGAGCAUGUUCAUAGCUUGAUAUUUUUAGAAUGACAAAACAGGUUUUAUAUUAAUUUUAUUCACACAGAAAAAUUAGAUUGUGUAAUGUUUGAGUACAUAUUUUCUUUUGUGCUUUAAUACUUGCAAAACGUUUUUGUCUGAAAAGAAGUUAAAUAAAGAUUUAGC